GUAGAUGAUGAACUUCCCGCUUCUGUACUCAAUUUGGGUGAGAGUAGAAGACUUCUUGUGUCAUAUGGAAGGCUCGCGUACAUCCUCUAAAAAUGGACUACAGCAAUACGACGAGUGGACGUACAAAGCUUGGGUCCGAAACAAAGAUCCAGACCGAAAGUCGCAAUUUCCGAAUCUGCUCAACGUCAUGGUUUCAGCUGGCGUGCCGACGCAGACUGCCCUAUCAGAGGCCAAAGAGAACCUGGGACCUGGGACCGACACCACUUCUGCAUCCCUCGCCCAUAUCCUCUAUGCCCUUUCCUGGAACCCGACUUAUCAGCAGAAGUUGUAUCAAGACCUAGCAUCCCGCGGAUUUCCCACGGAUUUUAAUACUUUGGAAAAUAUCCCUCGCUUAAAAGCUUGUGUCAAAGAAGGCAUCCGUUGGGCUGGUGCGUCCGUGGCGAUGUUGCCCCGUGUAGUUCCCAAGGGCGGUGUUGAGCUAUGUGGAAAUUUUAUUCCCGAAGGCACUAUCGUAACUUCAUCACCGGUCUGGUACCUCAGAGACAAGUAUGCGUACCCGAAUCCAGAGUUGUUCAAUCCCUACCGCUGGAUAGAUGAUUCCGGCUUGAACGCUACAGAAGAUAUACUACGAGACAAGUUUUACGUUGCGUUCUCUAAAGGCGCAAACACUUGUAUCGCAAAUCACUUUUCAUACCUAGAAUUGUACAUGAGUGUCGCGAAGAUGGUCGCAAACUUUGAAAUCAGCCCUGCCAAUGGACGUCAAAGACCUGCGCAGGUUACAGGACUGAAUAAUGCAGACUGGCAGCCAGUGCAACUUCCCAAGAGAAAGGAAUGGGUUUCAGCCGUGGUCACUGAACCUCUGCUGAUCAAGAUUGUGCCACGAAGAUACCUUUAGCUGGCUUCGAGUGUGGCGUUGGGAAUCUUUCGGCUCCAUUUCGACCCUGCAGCCGAUAGAUAGGAACAAAACAUAUCCGUCACCUAUAUCCGU